CAUGAUACAUGCCCUUUACCUCUAUUGCUUCGCUUCUGUAUUUAAAAUUUGGCACCAUAACGGCGGUAUUUAUUCACCCAGUCUUGAUGACUACUCUGCGGCGGCUGGCACUUAUCUUAUCUGGCAUUCUUUCUGGAGCAUAUUUGACGCAAUUACUUUGAUACCCGAGUCUUCUCAAAGUGCAUUUUCACUUCAAUGAAUUCAUUCAUA